AUGAAGCUUUUUGUUACUCUACCCUUGGCUUUCGCUGCGCUGGUCGUAAGCACCCCAACUAAACUAAACAGCCGACUCGAUCUGGGUAAAGUGCAAGAUGCGCUUGAAGCUCGUCAAGCCGGAGGGGGCCCUGGAUUGCCAACAGUUACACAAGCUCCAUCAAUCUCACCACCUCCACCGGUCUCACAACCUAUUGUCUGCAGUUGUCCUAAGAUUCUUGGGCGUUGCAUCAUUGAUGCUACUUGUGGAAUUUUAUCGUUAUAUGGAGGUCUCUAUCGUUUUUACGUAGAAUUCAAGCUCGAACGAUAUAUUCAAGUUAGACUUAGAGUCUCUUUAUAA